AUGUCUAACCUAGGAGAGUAUGACUUGGACUUUUACCAAUCUAAUUAUAUCAUCGAGAAUCAGGAGCAGAGCUAUAAUGAUUCUAAUGCUCGUGGGAAUCUUUAUGGAUCCAGAGAAGCACAAGCCUCUGAGCAGCUUCAGCCUUCCUCUUCUGUUCCACCAGCGAUGUUCCUGUCAUCAAGUUAUGCAGGGCAGCUCUUUCAGCCAGCGUCUACCUCAGACUAUUAUCCACAGUGCCCUUCAGAGGAUGGUUUUGACGAGGAACCUCCUUUGCUGGAAGAACUUGGAAUUAAUUUUGAUCACAUAUGGCAGAAAACUUUGACGGUGCUAAACCCAAUGAAGCCAGCAGAUGGCAGCAUCAUGAAUGAAACAGAUCUCACAGGACCCAUUCUUUUCUGUGUGGCUCUGGGAGCCACAUUGCUUAUGGCAGGAAAAGCCCAGUUUGGUUACGUAUAUGGCAUGAGUGCCGUUGGCUGCCUUGCGAUUCACACCUUACUAAACCUGAUGAGUUCUGCAGGGGUGUCGUAUGGCUGCGUGGCCAGUGUGCUGGGAUACUGUUUGCUCCCCAUGGUCAUCUUGUCCAGCUGUGCCAUCUUCUUUUCAUUGCAGGGCAACAUCGGGACUGUGUCAGCCCUGCUCAUCAUCACCUGGUGCAGCCUCUCAGCUUCUAAGAUCUUCAUUUCUGCCUUAGCCAUGGAAGGACAGCAGCUCCUUGUGGCUUACCCCUGCGCCUUGUUUUAUGGGUUGUUUGCCCUUCUCAUGGUUUUCUAA